GGGACACCUCGUGCUUAAAUGCAAAAGUUCAGUCUUCCUCUUCACUAUUCUGUGUUCACAGUUCACAGCAGCAUAUUCAAAUCCUUCCUCUUCAGUCUUCCCAGCAGCAUAUCCAAAUCCUUCCUCAAAGGCGUCUGAUGCUUCGCCGUUGAACAACGGAAAUAGGAGUGGGCCGCCGGCAGUUUUAUUGUCUUCCUCCACCUAUGUCCACGUGUUUGAUAGUCUUCCUCCAUCUGUCUCUCGUACUGCUUUUUGCUAGUCUUUAUACACACUCCAUGUGUUUGAUUUAAUGCCUCAAUGAAUUAUCUGACGAAUCAGUCCCCAGGGGCAAUGUGAAUCAAAAUGAGAAUGAAAUGGUGGUAAUUCUGAUUAUACCGUUGUUGAUGUUGAGGUAGCAAACGAGGUAAGUGAGGGUAAUAGAGAUGAAGGGGAGGUAGCAAAAUGUUCAGUACAAAGGUACUUGCUCUGUCUCAACAUCCUCUCUCUCCACUGCUUGUUUGGUGCCUAUGAAGCUUACAUGUUUGAGCAAAGGUGGUGGUUACCAUCUCCCACCCUGCCACAUACUCAAUAUAUGUGGUUUUACCAUUUUAGUGGAUUGCCCAUUGGACCUUUCUGCUCUUACAAUCUUCUCCCCUAUUCCUUCUAGUUCAGAAGCUAGUCACUUGGAUAAAGAGAGUCCCAAUUCCCUAAACUAUAGUGAUUUGUUAGAUUUGGAGGAGCCCUUGUUUCGGAAGAGACAAAAAGUCGAAAAGUCCCUGGAUGCUGAUGAUUUGAUUUGCGCAGUCCCCUGGUACAAAACUGUCAAAAACUUACACCUAUGGAAUGCCUCUUUUAUUGAUGCGGUAUUGAUAUCGAGUCCGAUGGGUAUGUUAGGAUUACCAUUUAUUACUCGGAUGAAGGGAUUUUCUGCUAAGAUAUAUGUGACUGAAGCAACAGCAAGACUUGGGCAACUUAUGAUGGAGGAUCUUGUUUCGAUGCAUAUGGAAAUCAGGCAGUUGUUUGGACCUGAGGAGUCAUCUUUUCCUCGGUGGAUGAAGUGGGAAGUGCUUAAGCUUCUUCCGUCUUCGUUGAGACGGCUGGUAUUAGGCAAAGAUGGGGGUGAGCUGGGUGGUUGGAUGCCCUUGUACAGGUACUUAAUACUGUAUCCAAAUAGUUAAUGUUGAUUGUUUCAAAAUUAAAUUUUCUUGGUUGAAUAUGCCAACUGCCUACCCGUGUUGUACAUAUACAUGUUUUAAGUCAGUCUGUAUAACCUCGCUGUAAUUUUGUGUUCUGGAAUUGUAAACGAUAAGGUGAUGGAGAAGAAGCUAAUUUCUUUGACGAUUUCCCAACUAAAUUUAUGAAAUAUUUUUAGGAUGUAGAUUGUGGAAAUAUUAUCUUGUCUGACAAUUUGACAUUUUAUGUUACUAGACUUUAGUCUGAACCAUUUAUCAGGUGGUGUAUUGUUCUUUGGAAUCAUGUGUUCGAGUUGACAAUUUUAAUUUAACAGUCUGACA